UAAGCUUAUCUCUGUCGAAAUCUUUCAAGACUGUUGGAAGACUCUAUGGGAGAGUCGCUGCCUUCACCCAAAGGCGAAAUUUGAAAUCAUCAGAGUGUUGAAAACAAAGGGCAUAAAAGUUCAGGCAGAAUCUCGCAGUUUUCGACACUCAGCACACCUCAGUCGAAGGAUGAUGGCUGCCGCAUUCUUUCUUGGUCUGAUCCUCGCUUUGUUACAAUCGAUCGUAUAUGCCAGAGUACCUCCUUCUUUUCUUCAUAACAAUGGCCAAGAAAAGCCGUGCUUCCACGGAGACUCCAUAUACGACCCGUGGGAACGCUUUGCUGAUGAAUCCUGCACUGGAUGGUGCAGCUGUAACGGCCGAACUGGAAAUGUGGGAUGUGUUUCCUUGUGUCCCCCCCGUGGCCCUCCCACGUGUUCUUUAGGGGAACUCCCUGAAGAGACAGAGGAGCCAUCUGUGGAUCCAACGGGAAGGUGCAAGUGCAAACGGAAGUCUUGCUCUCCGAGACUUAACCUCCCUCCUCCCCCGCCUCCAGUAAAAAUACCUGAAGAACAUGUUCUUCCAGAGUGUAAAAACCGUACCCCAAGAGAAUGGUUCAUCAACGAUUCUUGUACAGGAAGAUGUAAGUGCCAAUAUGGCGGCAUUACUUGUGUUUCACUUUGCUCGCCAAUGGUAGUUAAAUGCCCGUCGGAUAUGGAGGAGGAGUCUUACGAUUAUCCAAUGGAUGACAGAGGAAAAUGCAGCUGUAAGCGCAAGAGAUGCGUGCCAAAAGUUGGAGCAUGAUUUCAUGCUGACAGCCUGACUGGACCCAUCAGAUCUUUUGAUUACGAUUAAUAUCAUAAUUAGUUUUUAUGACCCUUAUCAGACAUGGCAAUUGUCGUUGAGUUUCUUUUGGGAUUAUGUGAACCUGGCCUCAGGUCAAAGGUGUUAUUUACUAUUAUUAAACAUCAGACGAGAGCAUUCA